UUGUGUAAAUAAUCUGGAAAGAUCCUUUGUUCAGGUGACGUUAGGCAACGCCAGCCCAAAAUUAUUUUACUGCCUAAGCAGAAGUGUAGCACGCCCUCCGCCCGCCCUCACCAAAGUCAAGGUGCUUACUCCACAAAAGCAGCAACGUUAUUUUGAUAGAGGAGCCUGAGACCCUCCCCUUCCCAACCAUGGGUGGCAGAUGCAAAAUUGUUGUGAAAAAAUGCAACAAUAUGACAUGAAUGAAAUAACCAUACGCUGUCCUUGAAUGACACCAAUCUCCUGUUGCCCGAGAGGGCCAAAUCACUUUACCGAGCUGUAAAAUCGGCCCAGUAUUACAGUACAUGGUUGGAAAGAUGCAUUUGCCAACAUUGCCCAUACAUUGUUUGGGUGCUCAGUCACCCUGAUUCCUUUAUGCAUGUCUCUAUAAGGAAAUCACUCCCUGUGCCAGGGGAAUAACCUCCAUCCUGUGGCUUCUAGAUGUAAAAGUUUAAAGAUGGCAGAAAUACCUUUGUAGUACCUUUGCAGGUCAUAUUUGGCUUGAUCUCCCGUCUAAACCCUGCAACCUAAGGCUGCUGAAACCGCGUCUUGCGUCUUGUCCAAGCAGAGGUGAUCUCUUAGCCCGGUAUUUCCUGCAGCUCUAAUGCAUCCUCAGGCUUUUCUGUUUCCGCAAACAGGCAGAGACUGAGGGGGUUUAGCUAAGGAGGGCUAAACCAUGGAAUAACAUUCAGUCUGAGCUGGGAAAUUGGCCUGAGGCUGCAUUUUCGUGGAAAAGAAGAUAUGCCGGCUGAGGGUUGCCAGGAGAAUUUUUAAUCCACUAUUUACUUUACACCCAAGGAUUAUGAGUCUAAGGGGUGUGGAAAGAAAAGUUACAAUAUUUGCAAUUCAGUAUCCUUACCAGUGUUUUUCCAAAUGCCUUUUUACUUGGGCAGACAACAUUUGUUGUAGAUUGUUACUCUCAAGACCUCCCCCCUGCCUUGCAAUUAUUCCCUGUCAGAUAGUUCACAAUGUAGUCUUGGGCUAAAAGUGCUGGAUAUUCAGCAGUUUUCAGAAGCAAUGUAAAACGGACAAUAGCGGUCCCCACUCCACCCCAAAAUCCAAUAACCUGUAUAUAGAAAUAGCCCCAGCCAGCUAGAGAUCCCUGAUUUUAAAAAUCAAAAACUAAUGUUAUCUGUUAAUGAUGUCCAACCCUUUAGGAGUACAAGAUACGCUUGCAAACCCCAGAGUGCUUCUGGAUAGACAGGGGAAUAGUUGUCAAAUAACAUCUGGAGGACCAUAUGUGGAUGAUCGCAUCCUAAAGAGCAUGUCACCGAGCCUUUUGUGUCCAAGGCCAGCUUUGAGGUUCAGUUUAGGCAGGAUUUGGGUGGCAUGCAUGAUGAUUUUGGUACUUCAUUGCUCAUGUCCAAAAGGCACUUUCUUAUUUCAGAUUAUAGAAUAUCUAAUCAUUCGCCUCCAAUAUGGAAAAAAACGCCAGCCAGUGGGAUGUUCCACCACAGAAGGCGUGCUUGUCCUCUCGGUGGACAUUGAAAAUUCUCUCCAGGAUGUGAAUCAGUCCCACUGUGUCACCAUUAUUUCAUCAAAAGGCGACGCCUGGCAUGAGCUCCUUAGUGAUGAGUUGCGUAAAGAAAUUGAAACCUUGCUGCUGCCUUUACGUCUGAGUAAGACCCAGAGAGGAAGGGGCUGUCCUCAUGAAUGUCCACACAACAUGCCUUUUCAGUUUUCCUUUGAGCUCUGCGAGGCAUCUGAAGUUCUCGAGAGAGAUUGUUUGGCAAUGAAGCAGUUCAUCCACAGGAUCAGUCUUGUAUGCACAAUGAUCAAAUUUCAUUUCUGUGUCAAAGUGAAUGGCUCAGUUUCAGCGGAAACUUACAGCUCAGACAGUAAAGCGAGUAUAUAUCUGCCAGAUGGGAAAAAGCUGCUCACGGACAGAAGUCAUUUUAUGAGGCCACUUUCAAAGGAUCUGGCCUCAUCUUGCGAGAAAAUCCACCCCGUGACAGGCGAGGGCGUGGGUCUCUUUAUUCCCGAGGAAGCAGCCCAAGGAGGCUUCAGCGGGGAGCUAAGGCUCACACCCGUGGCGGCCGUCUGUCCCUGCCGGAAGCCUUUCCCCCACCAGCCAACCCGGAUAACCGCGCUCUCUGUAUUUCUUUAUGACCCAGCCGGCCUGCCUGUUUUUCCCCCCAUAAAAGACACAUCUUGUUCUUUCUUUGAAGACCCUUCCUGCUUCGCCGCCUGGGAAAAAUAUUCCUACCAUGCUACUCGGAUUCCGGAUCCAUAUUGGGAAGAAGGCACAGCUAAACCUGAUGUCAGAUAUGACCUUCACGGCAGCCAUGAACACGAUCCAGAUGCUAUGGAACAGUCGCUGCUCCUCUUCCUCUUCCUUACACACGCUGAUCCAUUUCAGGACAAGCCGACGUAUAAUUUCUGCGACCGGCAAAUCAUCCUAUCCCAUCUCUCCUCUAUUCUCUUGUGCAGCAAGCAGACUGUGAAAGAUGCUCUGCAGGGGGUGAUUUCUGGCCUCUUGGAGCAACACCGCCGAGCAGCCCAAGAGCAGCAGAGAGUGGCCCAUGCGUUGCCCAUCAUGGCAGAGGCCGUUUCCUCCAUAGUUUCAAGCAGUUGCGACAGUGAGUUCAGAAGGAAGUGCCUCCAAAGUUUGCAGGUUUCAGAUACCCAUGAGCUUCAGCUAACCCUCAACGAGAGCUUCAGCAAAGUCAUUCUUCAGCUGUGGAAGCCCAGCAGCACGUGUGACAUUCGAAAGCCGUUGCCUAAAAAUGACAAACCAGGGCAUCUGAGUAUUGAGAAGGACGUGCCUUCCGACCAGCAGACGUCGCCCUCCACCAUCGGUUUAGCAGGACUGGAACAAACAGGGAAUGAAAGCUGUGGAAAAGAAGGACUCUCGUCUAACAGAUCCGAAAUGGGAGGAAUAAGCAGGACCAGGAAGAGGAGGAGCCGAAAACACAGGGAACUUUCUGAGGAGGAUUCAGGAGAUUCGGGGGCCUCUGAAGAGGCCAAGAGAAAGAGAGACGCCGGAACCAGCCCUGAAGCUUUACCGUGUGAAAACCUCGUGGAAACCUCGUGGCAGGACGAUGACUUUUGGGAUCGGGAGGUCUCGAACUUGGCUGAGUGGACACCCUGAGAGGGUCCAGUUGGGAGAAGCAAAUGAAAAAACGUUGCGGGAUUUGGGAUGCCCUAUAAAAAGUGGACAGUCCUCCCCCCCCUCGCUCUCUCCGGCCCCUUUGAUGACCCAGAGGACUCAAGAGAGAGCAGCUCCACAGCUCCGGCCAAUAAAUCCACCCC